ACAAGCAGUAUCUUUUCUCUCAAUACCAAAGGUGUGUUCAAGGCUAGAGGUCAAUCCAUGAGUAUACCAAUGGGUUUAUGAGGUUGGCAGCUCAUAAUGAUCUUAGUGAGAUUAAGAGUCAGCAAGUGGCAAGGUAUCUUGAUAGAUUAAGACCAGCAUUACGAGAGAAAAUUGGGAUCCAAAUGAUUCAUGAUGUUUCAGAGGCAAAGAACGUAGCUCUUAAGGCUAAGAGGGUGGAGCAAGAAAAAAGAGUAAAAGCUAAUGAUAAAUAUCGUCAGAAUUAUGAUGGGGCUAGCCCAGGGGUUGAGAAGGCUCAAGUUAGCUUGGACCAAAACAAGGCAGCAAUUAAACUACCAAUAGGGAAGAGUACAAGAAAAAGAGCAAUAGUUGAGCCUGUGGCACCUAAGACACAAAACACAAAUCCAUAUGCUAGGCCAAUCCUAGGAAAGUGUUACAAGUGCAAUCAAAAAUUAAAGCCUAAAGCUGCUCCAAUGGAAGAAGGGAAGGCCUUCUUAACAAUGGCCUAUUCAGGAAAGAGGUUCCUAGAAGAAUGUAAGGAGACUAAGGAAAUUCAUAUGCUGUUAGUGAAGAAGUUGCCAAGUGAUGAGAAGGAUAUUCAACAUCACAUUGACUUAAUUCCUGAAGCAAGCUUGCCGAACUUGCUUCAUUAUCGAAUGAGUCCAAAAGAGAAUGAGAUUUUAAGGGAGAAGGUGGAGGAACUACUUGAAAAGGGACUGAUUCGAGAGAGUAUGAGUCCAUGUGUUGUUCCAACCUUACUUACGCCAAAGAAGGAUGGGAGUUGGCGAAUGUGUGUGGAUAGUAGGGCAAUCAACAAGAUAACAGUUGGAUACAAAUUCCCUAUUCCAAGGUUAGAUGAUAUGUUGGAUCAAUACAUGGAGCUACUGUGUUCUCCAAACUUGAUCUCUGAAGUGGCUACCACCAAAUUCGGAUUAGACCAGGAAAAGAAUGGAAAACUGCAUUUAAGACAUGAGAUGGCUUGUAUGACUGGUUGUUUGGAAAGGAUCCAUGUCGAUGAGGAGAAAAUUCGAGCAAUUCAAGAUUGGCCUACACCGAAAACAGUCGAGGAGGGAGAAGAGGAAGAAGCAAGUUUUGCUUUAAUUAAACAAAAGUUAUGUAUUGCACCUAUUCUAGCUUUGCCUAGCUUUGACAAAUUAUUUGAGGUGGAGUGUGAUGCAUGUGGGGUGGGAAUUGUAGCAGUACUUUUUCAAGAAAAGAAACAUGUUGCUUACUUUAGUGAGAAGCUUAGCGAUGCUCGGAAGAAGUGGACAACUUAUGAUAAGGAAUUCUAUGCGAUGGUGAGGGCUUUGAAGACUUGGGAACACUACCUUUUUGGUAAGGAAUUUGUUUUGUAUUUUGACCAUCAAGCAUUGAAGUAUUUGAGUAGUCAAAAGAAGAUUACUAGUGAUUUGCAUGCUCGAUGGUCUGCAUUCUUACAGAAGUUUCCAUUCAAAUUAGUGCACAAAUCUAGGUCUGCAAAUAAAGUUGCUUAUGCUUUAAGUAGGCAUGCAGCUUUGCUUACCCUCUUCAAAGGAGAAAUUGUGGGAUUUGAGGAGUUGAAAGAUUUGUAUAGUGAGGAUCCAUAUUUCCAUGAAGUGUGGAUGAAAUUGCAAAAACAUGAUGGGCAAGCAGAGUCACUGAAUCGUACUCUCAGUAACAUGAUUAGAAGUAUUUGUGGGGAUAGACCCAAACAAUGGGAUUUUGCUUUAGCUCAAGCAAAGUCUGCUUAUAACAGUGCAGUACAUAGUACCACUUGGAUCCAGGAAGAAAUAAGGCAGAAGUUUGAAGCAACCAAUGUUAAAUAUAAGAAGGUAGCGGACAAGCAUAGGAAAGAAAGUUUCUUUGAAGAGGGUGAGUUGGUGAUGGUAUUUCUUUGCAAAGAAAGGUUUCCAAUGGGGACUUAUAACAAACUAAAACCCAAGAAGUAUGGCCCAUACAAAAUCCUUAAGAAGAUUAACAACAAUGCUUAUGUGGUUGACCUUCCAGAGUCCAUGGGUAUUUCCCACACUUUCAAUGUGGCUGACAUCUUUCCAUAUUUUGCUUCAACAGAAACGAUGUACCCAAAGCUUAUAGAUAACUCGAGGUCAAGUUUUUCACAAGUGGGGGAGACUAAUAUAGACCUUGGUUCAGGGACAUGUCCUAAAUCGUUGGGACAAGUUGUAGGCAAGAAUUAGGGCGGCCUGAUUUUAUAGUUUCCAAAUUGACUUUGGCUUUAUCUUAUUUCCUUUUUCACUAGGUUUUUGUUAUGUGACUAUUUAACUCCUGUAAGGCCUACUGCCAGGACUAUUAUUCAACCUUUUAUUAUCAAAUUAUUGAAGGAAUUUUCCUGUUUGCUCAGUUUGGAUUCAUUCUUGAGUUUAACGAGAUUUAGACUAACCUACCUCUAUUCACGUUAUGUCAAAAAGUUUAAAUGCUAUUUUAAGAUAAAUUUAGAGAUUGAAG